AUGUUUCAAAUGUUCUUUUCUGUUACAGGUAAAGAAGUAGUGGAAUAUAUAGCUGAGUACCUGUCCAAUAUCCGCUCCCGAAGAGUGCUUCCGGACGUGAAACCUGGCUACAUGAGGAAGUUGGUGCCUGAAAAUGCUCCAGAAAAAGGCGAAAAAUGGGAAAACAUAUUUUCCGACAUCGAGCGAGUAAUUAUGCCAGGAAUCACACAUUGGCAAAGUCCUCACAUGCACGCUUACUUCCCGGCUUUGAAUUCUUUCCCGGCUCUGUUGGCAGAAAUGAUUGCGGAUGCCAUUAAUUGUUUGGGAUUCACCUGGGCAUCUAGUCCCGCCUGCACUGAACUGGAAGCUAUCGUCAUGGAUUGGCUGGCCAAAAUGAUUGGUCUACCUUCAGAAUUCCAACAUCGCAGUCCCCAGACGAACGGUGGAGGUGUCAUACAGGGUACUGCGAGUGAAGCUACUUUUGUUGCACUUUUGGCCGCCCGUACUGAAGCUAUCCGACGUUAUAAACUUCUUCAUGGUUCUAUGGAAGAUUCCGAUAUAAACGGUCGCCUUGUUGCCUACUGCUCUGACCAGGCGCAUUCAUCUGUAGAGAAAGCAACUUUGAUUGGUUUGGUGAAACUAAGACUUCUUCCUACUGAUGAUCACCUAAGUUUGAGAGGAAAUACACUGGAAAUGGCAGUGAAAAAAGAUAAAGAAGCCGGUCUGAUCCCAUUUUUUGUGUGCGGCACUUUGGGAACCACUGGAGCUUGUGCGUUUGAUAACCUUCCCGAGCUGGGAGCCGUCUGUGUUGCCGAAUCAAUAUGGAUGCACGUGGAUGCUGCCUAUGCCGGAACGGCCUUUAUCUGUCCCGAGUUUCGAAAGUUUAUGGUUGGCAUCGAACACGCCCAUUCUUUGGCUUUCAAUGCCUCCAAGUGGAUGAUGGUGAACUUUGAAUGCACAGCAAUGUGGAUCAAAGACAGCACUUCCCUACAUCGAACAUUUAAUGUUGAUCCAUUGUAUUUGAAGCACGAAAAUUCGGGAGCAGCCAUUGAUUACAUGCAUUGGCAAAUUCCUCUCAGCAAAAGGUUUCGAGCCCUAAAAUUAUGGUUCGUCAUCCGAUCCUUCGGCGUGGAAGGUCUUCAGAAACACAUACGUCACGGAGUCAAGUUGGCCAUAUUGUUUGAGACCUUGAUGAAACACGAUGAAAGAUUUGAAAUCCCUGCCGAACGUCACCUGGGUAUGGUUGUUUUUAGACUGAAGGGUGAAAAUGAACUGACUGAACUCCUUCUGAAGUUGCUGAACAAAUCAGGCAAACUUCACAUGGUUCCAGCUUCUUUCAAGGGGAAAUACGUCAUAAGAUUCACGGUGACCUCACAGUACACCACGGAGGAAGACAUCCGAGGCGACUUCAAAACCAUCCAGGACACUUCUAGUGUUGUAUUGAGAGACUUGAGCUUACUAAUGAACAAAAGCAAAGAGGACGAACUCAUCCGGGACAUACCGGAAAUACCCGAAGAGAAAGCUAUAAUUACGUCAUCGGAGGAAACAAAGCUCGAACGAACGCUGUCAAUGAAAAGACGUGAUUUUGGAAUGAGUCUGAUUCUGAGUCAUGUACCCUGCUCACCAAAAUUCAUAAACGGUAGCUUUGCAGCAAUUUUUGAUAAUAAUGAAACCAUUUUGGAGUUUGCGCGUCACCUGACUAGUAGCGACAUCAAUGGCCGACCAAUUCGUCUGUCACCACGGCGCGGCGUCAAACUGAGGGAGCAGGCCAAGCAACACAGUUUGGACUUCAGCACUCUGAUUCCUGGUAGACGUAUGUCUACGGGAACAGCUAGAUUCAAGCAGGGUUCGCUGGACACCAAAGUUGACGACAUUCUCGACUCCACUCCAGACAACUACUACAGCAAUGGUUUCGACGAGGUUAAUGGGAAGAAAAACGACAAAGAAGAAGGAAAAGAAAAUAAAGACGAGGAGGAAGAACAAGAACUUGAUGCACAAAACCAACAGCAAGAAGAGCAGCAACAACAAAAACAACAGCUUCAGGUGCUGCAGCUGCAACAGAAUCAACUGCAUUCCGUAUUAGCUGCAUCGCAGGAGAAAGCCUCGUCUUUCCUCGAUAAAAUCAAGAAGCUGACACCGAAGAGGCUCACGGGUGAAACUGCUGCCAAUAACAACAGCUCCCCGGUUAAGAUGUCCAACGGUUUACAUAUGUGUCCUCAUUGUGGUAAAUCGAUUGUGUGAAAAGAAAACUGCAGCGGCGGCGGCGGCGGCGGAAAGAGCAAAUCCAGCCAAACAUAAAGUAAACCGACCAACCAGCAAGCCAACCGGAAUUGAGACAGAUUAAAGAGAGAUUGUUUUAUUGGAUUAUCAUUAAUAGUGUCUAGAUGGUUCUAUGUAAUUCUAAGGAAGUGAAAACUGGUGAAACUCCAUGAAAUAUCACACACGUACACACAACAAAAAGACAUUUAAAUAGAACAUUUUAAACAGAAACACGGUUAAAGCUAUAUAGGUAUAAAUGCGUGUGCGUACAUGUGUGUGUUUGCGUGUAUGUGUGAGUGCUCACGCGUGCAUAUAUGUUAUAUGUGUUUAGAUUACAAUUGUUGUCACGAAUAAAACAGUUUUGGUCCAUGACGUGGUACAGCGAAAUAUUGUGAUAUCAUGGUCGUAGCUAACUUAUUGUAACAUCACUAAGAGUUUCAUGUCUACAGUCAAAAAUCUUUGCUUAUAAAGAUGAUUAUCAGAUGAACACAAGGACUUCCCUGGUAUUGUACUGUCGGUUGCGGAUGUAAGUAAAAUAUAGUCUUUAAAUGAAGUGUAACUGCUUGCUUCUGAGAGGAAGAUCAACUCCUUUACGUUAGAUAUUUAAGUUUAUCAAUUCUAAAAUUUUUCCAAAUUUUAAAAUGUUUCAAAUAUAUGCUGUGUAUAUAUACGUGUGUGUAUGUAUAUGUGAUUGUGUAUAUAUAUGUGAGUGCGUAUGUAUAUGUAAGAGAGUAUUUAUAAUGCGUUUCAGCGCGGGAACCCAUUUAAUUUGUUUCCAGGAUAUUAAAAUGAAUUUCUUGAAGUGUCUGCAUUUGUUGCAACUGUUAAAUCUGACAUCUGAAUAAAUAGUCAUUACAUUUGUUAAGAUCCAUUCGUAUGAAAUACUUCUCAGUAUUGCACAAGCCACAGAUGCUUAUCCCGUUACUGUUUAGUUUGAAACGUUUAAGAAUUCUCUAGCUGUAUUUUGUUGUUUUCUUUUAUUUUUAGAUAUAGUUGGAUAGUUUGGUAAUAUUCCUUUUUCUCUAAAUUUCCGAAGAAAUACAUAUGAUUGUAAAACGAUAUUUGAAUGUAUCAUCCGACAUGCCAAAACAAUGUUUGCUCUCUGCAUGUAGGUCUUUGUUUUGUUAUGAUGACUCCGGUCUCGUAGAUAAUUGUCUCGACUUCUCACGGCUGGCUGAGAAAAACAUGAAUCCUUGCUUUUCUACAAUUUACUUUUAGUUGUUUAACUAGUUUCUAGAAAGAAUAUUUGUUAUGAUUAUUGAGCAGCUAUAUCUUAGUUCCUUUUUUUCCAUUAGAUAAUAUCCGGCAACAAUAGUUUGUUGGAAAAUGUUUACUGAUUAAGCUUAAAAUAUUUUUAGUUGUUUUGAAAGGGAUGUAGGGGUGAAAUAUACAUUAUCUGUGUGACAGCUUGCUGCUAGUACAUUCUUCGAAAUUGCUGGCCUUGUGCCAACAUUUGAAACUAUCAUAGGGGGAAACUAUAUAAAAGAUAUCUUUAUUUGAAGUUAGCAUAGAGAUGCUUCGAACUAAUAUUUAAAUUAGGCUUUUGAAGACAAUGGGCACACUGCUGGAAUCUUUGUUGAUGUCCUUCAAGGCUUAUAUUUAUUCGUAUUUAGAUUGAAUGUAAUAUCUAAGACGUUAACUAUGCUCAUAUUUUUGGAUAUUGUUAUUCUAAUACAGAAUUUACUGAAGGCGCUAAUUACAUAUUAUAUAUCAAACAUGUGAUAAAGCCAACCCAUCGUCACUAUACAGGCGUAUAUCUAUGAUCAUGAAUUUAUUCUUAAAUGUAUCCAGGUUGUAAUGACUAGUAACAUCAAACAUCUCUGCGAUACCAAGCAAACUCAUACGGGUAUUAAGUCGAUUAGUAGUGUCCAUUAUUUAAAACAAAGCAAGCUGGAGGUUUUGUCGAAUUAUAAGGCUUAUGUGGCUUUCUAUAUCUGGAUUUCUAUGUCAUUAUCAUUAUGGGUGUUGUAUGACUUGACAAAGCUUACAAAUCUACUGAGUAACAAUUUAGAGAUGAAGGAAUAAAACUAGACGAUGUCUAAUUGAGUAAAUGUGUACUCAUUUUUGAGAUCAGAGACGAAAUAAUCCAUGUGGUCUUUGAGAAUUUUAUACAGUUUGCGUUUAACCGCUGCAAUACUUAGUUCCCUGUGUUAUUACGAAUACGUAAACGAACAAACAACAUGAAAGCGUACACACGCAAUGUUUCUAAACUGCUUAGAAUUUGGUAAAAUUUGGAAAUUUACUGUAAAUAUUUUUAAUUUAAGGUUGGUAGCCAACCUCACUGAAAGACAUAGAUAAGUUCCUUAUACCAUAAUUUAGGCACAAAUUCAAUCAGAACUUAAUGUUACAGUAGCAAAGUAUAAUAUAUAUAUAUAUAUAUAUUAGAAAAAAAACACCUUUUAUCAAUUCAAGAGGA